AUGGCAUCUAAUACUAAAAAAUCACUGUCUGUGCUAUUCAUGGCUUUCUUUCUCAUGGCGGCGAUAGCAAGUGAAUUGGCAAAUGCAAAUUCCUUCACAGUAUAUCGUUUAGGAGGUUGCAGCGGCGAAUCUCAAACAUAUAGUAGAUGUGGCUGCUCAAACCUUUUGUAUAUGGGUGGUUAUACAUGGUCUUUCACUACUAGUCCUGGCCCAUCUGCUACAAUGUAUAACAAUGGGAAUUGUCUUGGUGCGGGUGGUACUGUAUUUGGCGGCAGUAACUCACAGCGUUGCAACGGCUUUCAGUUUCCAUGGAAGAGUAAUGUUGGUUUGUUAAUGUUUGUUGUUAUUGCAGAAUGUUGCUUUGUUAAUGUAGUGGAUUUUUUGAAGAAAUGUUAG